AUGAGCCACUGGACAAUGUCGAAGAUAACAAACUUUUUCGGCUUAUUAGGAUUAGGAUGUUUCUUCUCGGUGCUUUUAUUCUUCAAUGGGAAAUAUGACAGCCCUUCAAUGCACGAAAUACAGCCGUCGGCAGCCUUUCUUGAGGCAGAGAAAAACAAUACCACAGCUAAUAAGAAACGAAAUGAUUCCAAAUCGAAAGUUAUCGAAGAAAUCCUUAAUAGGCAGAGAGAAUUCAUCAACACCGACAUGAAGGGCUACCAAUAUCCCAACGGAAAAUACAAUAUCAGUGCCAGCAAACUUGAGGAUUUUUUGAUGGAAAGGAAUGGAACACCGAUCAGAAAUAUAAUCGUGACAACGUGGCGAAGCGGAAGCACAUUUUUGGGCGAUAUUCUCAACGCGCAUCCGGCAGACUUUUACCACUUCGAGCCGCUGGUGGCUUUCGAUGAAAUUAAAAUUCGCGGUCCACCCUUGGCCGAAAAGGCUUUGAAUGUGACCAAGGAUCUACUGAACUGUGAAUACAGAAAUCUUGACGAAUAUAUUGAAUACGGGAAAACACAUUCCUUGGUUUUCGAUCGCAACACGCAUUUGUGGAAGCAAUGCCGAGCUCACAAAGGCCUGUGCUAUAACCACCAGUUCCUCAGCGCGAUGUGUAAGCUAUUUCCAUUCCAAUCCAUGAAAAUUGUACGUCUCAGACUACAAGUUGCACAGGAGCUUCUGGCAGAUGAAAAAUUAGCCGUACGGAUGGUGCUUUUGGUCAGAGAUCCUCGCGGGACUGUUCAAUCAAGAAAACAUCACUACUGGUGUAAACCACAUCCUGACUGUUCCGAUCCAGCUUCGUUGUGUGCAGAUCUAGCUUCAGAUUACAAAGUAGCGAUGAAACUGUUAAAAAAAUACCCAACCAGAUUUAUGAUAAUACGAUAUGAAGAUCUUUCCCUGGAUCCGUACAAACACGUUGCAGAACUUUAUAAAUUUUACGGACUUGAUCUUCGUCCGAGGACGAAGCAGUUUCUCGAUUCUCAUACGAAAGUGAAGAGGGGUGAUCACAUGAGUACUUUUCGGAAGUCAUCGACUGCUCCGUUUCAUUGGAAAACAGAGUUCACAUUCGAGGAAGUGGAGGAGGUUCAGCAAUCCUGCGCGAUUGCAAUGAAAUACUGGGGUUACGUUCCGGCGAUGAACGCCACUCAUCAGCAGGAAUUCAACCCUGUGACAGACUAUGUGCUCCGAUUAUGAGAGAUUCGGUGAAAUAUGAAGGGCUGCAAUAUUCUUUGGAAUUCGUAUUCUAUAAGCGUGAUA